CCCAAUCCCAUUUCUUGAAAAUCACCCCACACACUCAAUCCCCAGAUUUCCCCAUGCUUUUCAUACCAGAUGAUGUACAGUUCCUGGUUUCUGGGGGAUUAACUUAAGCUUGGGCGAAAAAAUCAUCAUCCGAGCUGUCGGGUUCAGGCGUAGCGAGCAUCGGCUCCACGAAAGUACAUAAAGGACCGACUAUCCUUUCACUUUUCCCCCAGCAUCUCGCCAUCCCAUCUCUUCCCAUUCUCCCAACUCCAAUCUUCACCAUGGCUUCUUAUCCUGAGAAGAGUAUCGACGCUCAGCAUGACGAGACCAUUAGCCCCGAAGCUCUUGCUUCAGAGGCCAAAGUCGCUGCGGAGGCUGAGCAUCAUAUGACGCUCUGGGAAGCUAUCAAGACUUAUCCCAAGGCCAUUGGUUGGUCUGUCCUUUUGUCGACGACUCUCAUCAUGGAAGGCUAUGACCUUGCUUUACUUGGCAAUUUGUAUGCUUCUCCUGUGUUCAAUGAGAAGUUUGGCUCGUGGAAUGCUGAGAAGGAGAAAUAUGCUGUUUCUCCUGCGUGGCAAUCUGGUUUGUCCAACGGUGCUCGCGCCGGCGAGAUCAUUGGUCUCAUCAUUGCCGGUUGGACAUCUGACAGAUACGGCUACAAGAUGACCACCAUCGGCUCUCUCGUUCUCAUGAUCGCCUUUGUCUUUGUUCUCUUCUUCGCUCCCAACGUCAAGAUUCUUGUGCUGGGAGAAGUCCUCUGCGGUAUCCCAUGGGGCGCGUUCCAAAGCGUUACUCCUGCAUAUGCAUCCGAAGUAGCACCGGUUGUUCUGCGACCUUACCUCACGACCUUCAUCAACAUGUGCUGGGUGAUUGGUCAAUUCUUUGCAGCUGCUGUGAACAAAGGUUCUGUUGGUCGCGGUGACGAGUGGGCUUAUCGAAUUCCUUUUGGUGUGCAGUGGGUUUGGCCUGUGCCUAUCCUGGCAGGUGUUAUUUUUGCUCCGGAAUCACCUUGGUGGUAUGUUAGGAAGGGUAACCGAGCUGCAGCCAAGAAGUCGCUUCUGAGACUCACUUCACCCCAACAACCCAACUUUAACGCCGACGAGACGAUUGCCAUGAUUGAGCAUACGAAUGAGAUGGAGAAGAACUUGAAGGAGGGAACUACUUAUAGGGACUGCUUCAAGGGUGUUGAUCUUCGCCGAACUGAGAUUGUUGUUGGUAUCUGGCUUGUGCAGACUCUUGGUGGACAGAAUCUUAUGGGUUACUUCUCAUAUUUCCUCACACAAGCUGGUAUGGAUGCAAGCAACUCCUUCUCUCUGUCCAUGGGCCAAUAUGCUCUUGGAAUGGUUGGCACCAUGGGCUCUUGGUUCUUGAUGUCCAGGGUUGGCCGACGCACGAUUCACUUCUCAGGUCUAUGCUCUCAACUCCUCAUCCUCAUCAUUGUCGGCUCCCUCUCCUUCUCCAAAGACAACUCUUCCGUCUGGGCUAUUGGCGGCAUGCUCAUUCUCUUCACAUUUGUCUACGAUUUCACCGUUGGACCCGUCACAUACUCUCUCAUCUCCGAGCUCUCAUCGACCCGACUCAAGGCCAAGACCAUCGUCAUGGCUCGCGCCGCCUACAAUGCUAGCAACAUCUUUGUCAACGUCAUGACAAACUAUCAGCUAUCCUCGUCGGCGUGGAACUGGGGAGCUCGCACCGCCUAUUUCUGGGCUGGAACAUGUCUCCUCUCUGCUAUCUGGGUUUUCUUCAGACUUCCUGAGCCUAAGGAUCGUACUUAUGCUGAGUUGGAUGUUCUCUUUGAGAAGAAGGUUCCUGCAAGGAAGUUUGCCAAGACGCAGAUCGAUCCUUAUUCGCACUCGGUUACUUCUGACAAGAAGUUGAACGAGAAAGACUUGCAGUAGGCAUUGGAAUAAUGUAUCGGUGUUGAUGGAAUCAAAAGAAACGAGGUGUAUGAUAGUAAUGUGGGUAUAUAGUUUUGAAUAGCUUGAUGUACAGAUUGUUUAUUAUGAAUUUACUCUCGAUAUUGGUGGACUACUGUGGGCCACGCUAGGCCCGGGACUCGGCAGUGCCUGUUGUAUAUGCUUUUCUAGAAGCGGCUCAUAAGUGGAUGCACCUCCCGGCAGUUUGGUUAUGAGGUUCCGGAUAUAUAGUAAGUCAUCUUCAGGUGACGUGCCCAUCGCAAGGCCUUGGGGACUUGAAGGCGUGACUGGUACACGAGCGAGUACGUCAACUACCGCCGAGACAAUGUCGUAAAGCUUCUCUGUUACUCCAAUGCCGUGGAUCUUUAUACUGUCGAUGGAAAGAUCUCGCGUUGAGAGCGUGAGAUCCUUGGCAACGACUAGAGGGUAUUGGUAAGUGAGACUAUGCUGGUGCGCGUUUUCACUGAGAUGACCCAGUCGAAGGCGCAACUUCCACACAAUCAUCCGUAGCCACAGCUGUGUUAUUCUCAGAUUCGCUUUCUGUGUUUCAUGAAGUUGCAAAUCAGGCUUUAUAGCCGUAUUAACAGCCGUCUCCACGAAAUCCAGCGACGAAAGAGGCGGUGAGAUAGCAAAGCGCUCCUGAUUCAGCAGCGCAACAAACGAAGUAUCGAUGGGUCUAAAAAGCGCCGAAAGACUCCAGAAGCCAGAAAGCGAAGGAUCGUUCAUGUCGAUUUCUGGGGCCUCGUCGGUUAUUUGUAAUGUGAUGGGGCGGCGAUAUCGGAUGGCGUGAGAUCGCUCUGAUACGACAAGGACCCAGAAUAGUCGGUGUGCUAACGCCUUUGCGGAAUGGUCCAUGUCCUCGAGGCGCAGGAGACAGAAUAGUGUUGUUGCUUCGCGCAGGAAGAGAAAUGUUUGGCUGUGGUGCGAGAGACGCGCUUGGCAGGCGUAGAGGAAGAAUGCGAGGAGGCAUUGGUUGAGGGUUGGUUUCAUUGUGCGGGGGGUGGAUUGAUGGACGGUGACGACUUGAUCCACGAUCAUUGAACCGUAUGUCGCAUUAUUCUCAGCGAUGAUGCCUUGCGACAGUAAAUUCUCUGGCUCUUCUGUCUGGAGGAGAACUUGCGCGCACAUGGCGACAAGGACGGAGUAAGCCUCAAGUCUCCAUUCAGGCGUCGCCGACGAUGACGCCGAUCUGAGCAGCACGACAUAAUCGCGAGUCAGAAUAGGAAUAGUAGGGUAAAGCCGUGCAAAGAAGCGCUCAACACAAUGAUCGAGUACCUGAGCCGGUACAAGCUCAAUGAGUCGAUGCAGCGCGUCAACAGGUGCAUUGGACGGUACCGAGUAAUGGCCGUGGAUAGGCUGGAGAAUGCUCGGAGCGCCGGACUGUCCAAUGCAGCGAUCUCCUAGACCUGCAUCCACACAUCUUCUGCACGGCCGAUACUCGUUACAGCCUCGGCGGAGCGUCUUGCAGCGCUGACAGGCUCUAGGUACCUGCGUCCGCUUGGCGGGGGGGACAUCAUCGUCGGGCAUAGAUACUUAGCCUCAGAUAAGACACGUCUACUGUGUUUAUCUGAGUAGUGUACAGUACAGGUAUGGAUACAGCGGGAGAGAUAAAGGAUCGAUAAUCGCGCACGUGCGUGGGUCGAGGGUACCGCAACGGGAGUAAGUUUCCUUGGGAUGAGGUAACGAAAAGAUAAGAAAAAUAAGACGAAAGAAACGAAAAAUUCCCGCAAGCGAUAGGAUGUAACUCAAAUGUCAAGGGACAAGAGAGCGACUGAGUCAAGAACCAAC